AUGCGAGCGCGAGCAAGAAGGCAACGCCAUGUACGACUUCUGGAGUCCUGGACUAUCCAGGGGAGUCCCACUCUCCGUGGUUACCCGUUUUUCAUCGAUGACUCCGACUCGUGUUCGAGGAUCGUCAUGAACGACAGGGCUUGCUCAAGCUCAAGCCCAACUCCCUUGGUCUUACCGACAAGGAAGCAGAUUUUUUUGGAUGGCGCUGGGCCAAAUGCGGUGACAGCGGCAUGGCGAAGUAGAAGGUCGCGUAGCGACGCUCAUCCGUUGCGUGACCAGACCUUCACAUCGACAUCUGAAGAUCUUUCCAUGUCAGCAAUCAUGCCUCGCAGCAAGUCCGCGCGUCCUCUCCCCACCGAAGAACGUCCGGCUAUGGGACGUCAACUGCGUUCUAGUCGCCUUGGCGCUCCAGCGAAGUCAACAGUGCCUCAUAGCACCCCCGCAAAUGCAGAGAUCGUUGGAAAAAAUGCUGAGGGUUUCAUUCGCAAGAACGUGCGUCAGACGAGGAUGAGCUCGAAGAAAAUGGCAUCUUUGGUCUCUGAGAUGCGCGUUCCGACUCUCGACGAUGCGGCAACAGUCGUCAGACCAAAGAGACAAAGGCAGUCCAGGAAGGCGAAG